GUGCGCAGUCUCAGUCGCGGUAUCGAGCGCCGGUACGUCAGUGUUCAUUGUCAAGCAGUUGUCAGUUGUCAGCGGCGGCGGGUUGACGCGUGUGUACCAAGUGAUCAGUGCGCGGAGCUUUAACUAUGGCUCUGCUACGUCGGCUGGCUGUGAAUGCGCCCCGAGGCGUCCGAGUGCUGUCCACGCCGCCGCCUUCUCGCGACGAACUCGACUUAUCCUUCAAUAGUCCGAAAGACGCAUUCAAAAGCAAAAAAACCAGCGAAUUGGUCCGGGCGUAUCUCGUCUAUCAAAUAUGCUCGAUCAACUGGAUUGUCGAGAACAACGAUAUGUUGAUGAAGAGUCUGCGUCAGAUGGUGGGACAAAGACUCUUCGAGGCUAUAAUGAAGGCUACCUUCUACGGGCAGUUUGUGGCCGGCGAAGAUCAAAACAAGAUUCGUCCUACUCUUGAGAGAUUGCGAUCAUUCGGAGUGAAGUCGAUUCUUGAUUACUCCGUGGAAGAAGAUCUUUCACAAGAGGAAGCCGAAAAGCGAGAAGUCAGCGCGUCGAUCUCAACGUGCGGGGAUACACAAGAAGAGGGGCAACUCAAGCAGUACCAUGUGGAACAGCGGUUCGCUGACCGUAGAUACAAGGUCACCAGCGCCAGGACGUACUUCUACCUUAACGAGGCCGCCUGCGAGAAGAACAUGGAGGCUUUCAUGAGGAGCAUCGACGCCGUUGCUGAAACGACAAAGAGUACAGGCUUAAUGGCUGUCAAAUUGACGGCUCUCGGAAGACCUCAACUAUUGUUACAACUGUCUGAGGUGAUUAUGCGUGCGCGUAGCUAUAUGCACCAGAUCGCUGGUGGUACAGGCAAUGUGUUGACCCACCACAAAACUAUAGAAGACCUACAAAGGUAUCUCGGCGACCUUAGUUCGAAGCCGGAAGUUCAGGAGUUCAUGAAGAAAAUCACUUCGGAUAAGGAAGGUAUUGUCCAUUUGUUUCCAUGGUCAAACAUCUUGGACAAGGACAUGGGAUUGUCCGAUUCCUUCCGAGUUCCAGACCCUAAGACCGGUCAGAUGAGACGGCUCAUCUCCCAGAUAUCCCCCAAGGAAGAGGAGAUGUUCAGGAACAUGUUACGGAGACUUAAUCACAUAAUCCAAGUCGCCAAUGAGUCUGAUGUUAGGAUAAUGAUUGACGCUGAACAGACUUAUUUCCAACCAGCUAUUUCAAGGAUCUGUUUAGAAAUGAUGAGAAGAUACAAUAAGGAUAAGUUCCUAGUUUUCAACACAUACCAAACCUACCUAAAGAAUACGUAUAACGAAAUCGUCACCGACCUGGAGCAAGCGCAGCGGCAGAACUUCUACUGGGGAGCGAAGCUGGUGCGCGGAGCUUACAUAGAACAGGAGCGCGCGCGCGCGGCGGCGAUGGGCUACGAGGACCCCACGUGCGAGAGCGUGGACGCCACCAGCGCCUCCUUCCACCGCUGCCUCAAGGAGAUCCUCGGCAGGGUCAAGACCGAGCCCAACGGCGAUCGCCUGGGCAUAAUGGUGGCGUCUCACAACGAGGACACGGUCCGCUACGCCAUCCAGCUGAUGAAGGAGCACGGCAUCAAGCCCGGAGACAAGGUGGUCUGCUUCGGCCAGCUGCUCGGCAUGUGCGACCACAUCACCUUCCCCCUCGGUCAAGCCGGGUACUCCGCGUACAAGUACGUCCCGUACGGGCCCGUGGUGGAGGUGCUCCCCUACCUGUCCCGACGCGCCAACGAGAACCGCGGCUUCCUCGUCAAGAUCAAGAAGGAGAAGGGGCUCCUCUUGAAGGAGAUCUUCCGUCGGCUCUUCACCGGACAAAUAUUCUACAAGCCGUCCGGAAAUUACACGCCAGUCUAAACCAGAACUCGCUCGUCGUGUUUAGUCCACUUCGAAUUGUCACGAUUCCGGUCUCACGAGGCGCCUCCGCCUCUCGUGACAGCUGUUUGUAAGCGUUGUUCGAAUAUGUUAUUUGUACGUUAGCUAACUUAUUGUAAUUGAAUUAGGAAUUAUUAAAUAUCUAAGGACUCGAAUCUGUGCAUACAAUGAGUGCACGAUAGACUACCGUCGGACGUUCCGCGUCGAUGUCUUUGGAUUGUUGUCAACGGGACGCGACUUUAUUUAUAAAUCAUUGAGGGAAAAUGAUUUACUACUGAAUUACUCGUUCGAAAGAGUUAGCGAUAUCUACGAAAAAAUGUGUUUGUUUGUAAUAUUUGUUUUUGUUGGCGUAUAUACAGUAUUGUUAUUAAUAGUAUUAAUCAUAGACAAUGGCUUUAUAGGAUCGUAUUUUUUAAAAGCUAGUCGUUUUUAAAUAAUCGCGCUUUGAAGUUGUUUUUUGAAAGCAUUUUCAAAUGUUUCGAUUUAUAAAAAUAUUUAUGUAUAUUUGUGUUCGAAUAUUUUUUUGUUAAAUGAUAAGUUGGUCGCAAUGUUCGAUAUCUGAAAUUUGAAAUGAGAUUUUUUUUUAAAUCUUUAAUUUUAAAAUAUUGUACAAUUGACAAUAUUUCAUUGGCUGUAAUUUUUAUUUUUAGUAAGUUUUAACCGAGAUUAUCGGCUGUAUCAUUAAUUAAUUUACAUUAGCCCAUUGUAGUUUUAAAUUACAAGUAAUUAUAAUGUUUUCAAUACCUGGAUAUGACAGUGACUGUUGAGGGUAUUGACCUUGGAACGGAAGCAAGGUAACGGUAGUAAAUAAUAGGCCUUAAAAAAACAGGCUUAUAACACUUUAACCAAAAUAAAUGCACACGAAACAUUGAAGCCGGUAUCUUUGAGUAAGAAAUUACAAAAGGUUCAUAUUGAAUGACCUUGAAGUAUGAAUUGUUCAUAGUUGACUUUGACAGAUUCAUUUCCGUAAUUACUAUUGGUUAGAAACGUCUUAUGAUUUUUUUUAAUCUGUCUAUCGAUUCGUUGGAAAAAUAAUGUCGGUAAAUAUCAAAAAGUUUAUAUAUAUAUUGUUUUAAAAAUGUUAUUACUUCGUAUUUCGUUUAGGUACCAAUGUGAUUUUAAAUAUGUUUAAAUAAUGAUAUUUUAUGUCGCGUUAUACGCCCGAUAAACGUCAUAAACAAGAUGGCCUACAAGCCCCGCCGUCACUCAGUGAUAUACUUAGUUCGACAAAUAAAAAUAAUAAUUCGCGAAGGAUUACUUCACUACAUUCAAUUACUAUCAGUCAUUGAUAUAAUGUAUAUCUAUACCAAUAACACUAAAAUUAAAAUGACAAUACGUAGGUAUUGCCAUUGUCAAAUUCACAAUUAUUUUUUCUGAAUUACCUAGUUUGUUAUUUUUUUUGCGUCUGUUUCUAGUUUAUUUUGUAUUACGUAUUAUAAAGUAAAACAUCCACAAUGGCGAUGAUAAAAUACAAACAAAAUUAAAAAUACUAUUUGUAAUAAAAGUAUCCAUAGCUUGCGAGUUGACUUUUUUUAUCUGCGAUGUGGACUUGGUAUUUCAAAACAGGUUUUAUAUAUAAUAUACAAUAUUGAAGAAGAUCAUUUCUAAAUGUCUAAAUAAUAACUAAUCUUGCAACAACAAUUUAUUCGAAAUUAAAAUACCAAAAACGAUUUUUUUUUUAAUUAAAUAUUAAUGUAUUUAAUAACGCAAUGGUUACGUUGCGUCAUUAAAUGAAGAUGUUUUAUAUAUAACACGUUUUUAUAGCGUUUAAAAUCAUAAAAAACGGAAGACAAUAAUAUAUUUAACUAUGAACCAUUUUUAUUAUCUGAUAUAUUACAAGCAAGACAGUCUAUUUGUAUUAGUCGGAAGGUUAUUUUAGCACUAGUCUAGCUGUUGUCUUGCAUUAAUGUAAACGUUAGUUUAUAGUAAUAAAAAAGAUAAAGCGCUUUUUUAGCUUAAAGUUAAAAGAGUUAGAUUGGACUUAGUGCGACUUAAGCCUGUAUUACAGAUAAUACAGUCGAUUUUCCACCAAAUGGAUAUCGCUAUGCGUAGCGAUAUAAUGAUAAUGUAUAACACGCUUAUAUUAUGUAUUAGCUGUUGGGUUAGACAUUCUUGAGAAUACAAUAAUAACUGUACUAUGAAUACAACUGUAUCGCAUCGUUUCGCAGUUAUGGUAACAUUUAAAAUAACGUUUAGAGAGAACAUCCGUAACUAUUUCGUAACGCCGCAAAUAUAAAACACUUGAAUGUUUGUAAAUUUCAGUCAGACAAUAGAGUCUAUUGUGUUGGACAAAAUCUCUUAAUAACAUGAAUACUCUGUAUUAUUGUGUCAAUUUGUACUUGAGUGAGCCGGUUUAAUUACAUGCUUAAGCGAUAUGAUAUCUUUGAUCUUGUGGACUGGUUUAUUAUGGUUGUAUUGGACGAAGUAACACGUACCAUCUGGUUGCUUUUUGUCCAUUUUCAUUCCGGGAUAGCCCGCUGAUAUUGCCGGGCUGAAUUUGGUUUGGACUGGCAAUAGCAGCGAGGUAAAGUCGAUCACGCAAUCUAUCCAGGCAUUAAAUAAUCCGGCUGAUAAAUGCAUUUGAUAUUUCGACCACUUUCGCCCGGUUUCUAUGUUUAGCGUAUUUUAAUCAAGCGAUCGUUCUAGAGUUACGAGUAAAUUUAAAAGUGACGUCGAAAUUAUUAAAUCGUUCUUUCUGGGAACGCUGUUGUAUCGUCGUGUAAACAAUACGUUCUUAAUAAAUACAUUAAUCAGCGAAACGUAUUUAAAAAAAAAUAGGGCUCCGAAUAACGUAGAUAUGUAUCGAGUGAUCUAUAUUUAAUACUUAAGAAUGAUUCAGUAUGUCGUAUUAUUUAUUGUUUUUUUUUUUUUUAUUUCAUUGAGCUAGACUAUUGGUUAUGCUCAAUUAAAACCUAAUGGGCUUUUGUUAUUGUAAUCUGAAUUGAAAGUCAUAGCUGUGUUGGCUGACGAUUCACUAUAUCACCUUAAAUUGCUCAUAAUUAAAUUAUGAAUGUUUAUUUCUAGGACUUCUUAUUAUGUGUUGUAAAUUUCAAUUAGUUCCUACAUACAUAAAUAUGCUAUUUUAAUUAAAUUAUUUUAAAUUUAAUUUACCUCAUACAAUGCUUCGUAAACUAUUCGCCUUGUUAAUAAAUGUUGUAUUGCACUCAUAGCUUGUCUUCUUCUUUCGAAUGUUAAAUUAUUGAGACGGAAAGAGAUGAAUAUAUGAUUAUCGUUACAUAUGUUAAACAAUAUUUAUUAGCAAGGCAGUAUCGGUAGAAGCGAUGAAUUACACAUUUUUACUUACGAUUAUUUAUUUAUGUGUUUUUUUUUAAUAUUUUUUCGUGUUAAUUUAAUUUAUAAGCGGUUUAUUAAAGUAUCUGCGCUAUUAAUUGUGAUGCUAAUUUAGAUAUUUUACAAGUAGACAUCUGAAUAAAGACAAACUUAAAGUUU